AUGGCGGCGAAGCUAUGCACAUUACUGCUGGCUGCAGGGGUGGUGCUCUCACUUCUAGUUAGCCCCAUUGCUUGCAGCACCCGCAAGCUCAGCAAGCCCAAGCCCAAGACUAAGCCGGUCAGCCACAGGCAGGCGCCUGCAGCCAGAGCCAUCCACAAGCCGGCCGCGGCAGCGCCUGCUGUCAAGGGUAGCCACAAGCCGGCCACCGCAGCCAAGUCCCACACCAACCACACCGCUACCCCUUCGUCGCCCUCCACCGUCUAUGGCUCCGGCGGCUGGCUGUCCGGCGCCGGCGCCACGUACUACGGCGCCCCUAACGGCGACGGCGGUGAAGGCGGCGCGUGCGGGUACCAGACUGCCGUCGGGAAGCAGCCGUUCGACUCGAUGAUCGCCGCCGGGAGCGCGCCGCUGUACAGGGGAGGCGAGGGCUGCGGCGCCUGCUACGAGGUGAAAUGCACGAGCAACGCGGCCUGCUCGGGACAGCCGGUGACCAUCGUCAUCACCGACCUGUCCCCGGGCGGGCUGUUCCCCGGCGAGGUCGCGCACUUCGACAUGAGCGGCACGGCCAUGGGCGCCAUGGCGAAGCCUGGCCCCGGCAUGGCCGACAAGGUCCGCGCCGGCGGCGUCGUGAGGAUCCAGUACAGGAGGGUGCCGUGCAAGUACCCCGGCGUGAACGUCGCGUUCAAAGUGGACCAGGGCGCCAACCCCUUCUACUUCAACGUGCUGAUCGAGUUCGAGGACGACGACGGCGACCUCAGAGCCGUCGACCUGAUGGAGGCCGGCAGCAGCGUGUGGACGCCCAUGGCGCACAACUGGGGCGCCACGUGGCGCCUCAACAACGGCAGGAGGCUCAGAGCGCCGUUCGGGCUCCGGCUCACCUCCGACUCCGGCAGGGUGCUCGUCGCCAACAACGCCAUCCCAGCCGCGUGGACGCCCGGGAAGACCUACCGUUCCUUGGUCAACUACCCCUGA